GCCUUGCCGCAGCAGGCACAGACUUGAUCUGGGCUAGUUUCCUGCGGGAGGCCAAAUGUCUGAAGAAAAACCUCAACAGUCCGCGGAGGAGCCGGAGCCGGGGGAGCCCAAGGCUAAGCCCGCCCCAGAGGAGCCGGAGCCGGGGGAGCCCAAGGCUAAGCCUGCCCCAGAGGAGCCGGAGCCGGGGGAGCCCAAGGCUAAGCCUGCCCCAGAGAAGACCAGCGACUACUACCGCAUUAGCGAGAAGCUCCCAGUCAGGUUCAACAACCCGGGGUGGUUUCAUGGCUACGGGACCAAGGAAGCUGUUUCCAUGUACAGGACCAGUAACCAAACCUACGGAAGCAGAGCCCCCACGGUGCAUGAGAUGCCAAAAGUAUUUUAUCCAUCUUCAAAUAAGUUUUCCAGACAACACGCAGCUUUUGGAAUGUUCCAGAGUCAUAAUAUUAAUGUCACCCUGGAGAAGAGCUUAGUGACCGGGCCUGACAAUCACAUCACCCACUAUGACCGUUUGAACUUUCACCCCAGUUACAAUGUCAACAGGCCGUCCAUCUGUGACUAAGGGAGCUGGGUUCCUGUCCUCAGGGCUCUCCUGACUCAGGGCUGCUUCGGGGAGCACGGAUGCCCUUGAUCCUUGACAGGUGCCCUAUUCUAAAGGCUUGGAUCUCACUGCCUUCUCAGAAAACACUUUUCCUUUCCAGAGGAGAAAAAUGUGCAAAUAGAGCCACAAUACCUUGUGUUCUGCAUUUCACACAGGAAAGAUGCUGACAGCAUCUUUGUUUUAUUAAAAAGUUGCCACAGCCUCAA